UAGCUUUUUCCAACACAAACACAACAUAAAACUCGAAAAAUAAUCACUGAAUCUUGAAAAUAAUUUAUUCGCGAGUGAAAAAUUCAGUUGUAUUGUUGGUUUUCAAAACGCGAUUCGUUUUAUGAUUUACGAUUCGGUCGAUGUGUUCUUUCAAUUGGUUCUAUAAAUGUCACGAUGAGUGACCGAGCUAAUUCUACGAACCGUAUGAGCGAGCCAAGCUGCAGUAUGGAGACUGAAGUGGAUUCCAGCGGAGAAAAUAGACAGAAACGUAAAAAUUCUCAUCAAGAUGUCGAAAUCGAUAAUUCUCAGCAAGUACUCAAGAAAAUAGCCACCUUGUACGCGGAGAAGUUAAUGAACGAUAUUUGCUUAGUAGUAGAUGGUGUCGAGUUCCCAGCUCACAGAUUAAUACUAUGCACAUCCAGCGAAGUAUUUCACGUAAUGCUCAUGAAUCCGCAAUGGUGCGAGUCGCAAGAAAGUCGUAUCGUUUUACAAGAAACUCCUCAAUGUUCAGCUAUAUUCGGAGAGUUUCUCAGGUAUUUUUAUACCGGCCAGAUACGUAUCAGUCAAUCAACGAUUAUGGGUAUAUUAACCCUGGCUGAUAAAUACAACGUUAAAGAUUUAAUAGCAUUAUGUAUCGAAUACAUGUAUAGCCAUAUUGCUGAAGCUGCCGUUCACGGUCAGAUCGUCACUUGGUACCAAUACGCGUUAUCGUUGGCACAUUAUCAACUAUCAUCGGAUAAACGUUCUCGUGACACAGAAGUAUGGAAAGAUAAACCGAGCGUUAUUUCUAAACCGAUCACUAGUCAGUGGGACUUGUUACGAAGAGCGUGCAGGAAUUUCAUAAAAUGGAAUUUCGAGCUUGUAGCCAAUACCAAAGAUUUCGGAAAUUUUCAAUCCGACGUUCUUUCCAUGUUAUUACAACAAAACGAUCUAGUUGUUUCGAGUGAAAUGGCGUUAUAUAACUACGUUGUAAAAUGGUUGGAUAUUCAAUACGAACGAAUUCUCGACGAAACAGCCAACGAGACGGAAGCUGAUAAGCAAAUCAUGAUUUUGAUUAAUUUGGUCAUGUCGAAUAUCAGAUUCCCGAUGAUGGAUUCCCGCCAAUUAGCCGGAUUACUCUUAUCGUCUCUUGUAAUGAAGUAUAAAGAUUUCUUUAUCGAAAAGAUGGCCGUAGGAGUGGCGUUCCAUAAAGGCGAACGUAACGAGAAAAUAGACGAAUUGCAAUGCUCCGAGAAUGGCAAACUAUUGUUCACCCCACGUUUAUAUACUGCCGAGCAGUGGUCUUCGUCCAUUGUGAUAAAUAAUUUCUCAGGUCUUCCGUCUUAUCAUCCUCGUACCUUAGUUUGCACUUCACCGCCAACUCUACGCGAGAAUUUAUUCGAGCAGACGUGCGAAUGGGUAAUCGAUCUAUACCCGAAAGGACUAUGUUUUCAAAAAUGCUUCUUAAUCGUCUGGCAAGGCACCAUCACCAUACCCGAAGUGGUCAUUACAACCGUUCGAAUGUCCAUCACCUGCCGAGAACCGCCUGCCAAAGGAAGUUAUCUAGUUAAAAUAGGCGUCCUAGUAUCCGGCAUUACGUCAGGGGUCGAGAACGUCGUCGAAGUAGCAUACUACAUUCGUAAAUUUAGUAAAAAUGACAAUACGUUUAAUAUCAACGAUCUUUUAUCGUAUCAAAAACUCAACGACAGAUUCAACAACCUGUCUCCGAAAUGCGGCGACGCUAUUUCCGAAGCACCCUAUCUAAUCGGAGCUGAUCGAGAUACGUUAAAAUUACAAGUUGUCAUCAUUCCGCUGUGUUCGGAGCUAUCGCAGAUCGACGAAUCGUAUAAUUCGUCUUAUAAGUAAUAAUAAUGGUAGCUGAUUUCUUCGGGUUGUGUACGCAAUAUUUUUUUUGCAAAAUUCUUAAAAUUUUGUUUCAAGUUUAACUACGUGUAAUUUCUUUUCUUUUUUUUUCGUCGAUAAAAUCGCGUGGUUUUUUUCAUUAGGUGUAAUAUUUUUGUUUGAUUCUUUUCGAUGAAGAAUUUUUUCGACUUUUUUUUUAUGUGUUGCGAAGGCUGAAUUUUUGUUUUGUUUUUUUUUUUUCAAUAAUAUAUUACGCAGAAGUGGUCAUUCGUGUAUAUCGUGUAGUUACAGUAGGUUAUGUGCAAUAUGCAUAUGUACGUAGGGUUAUUGAGAGAAGCAUUUUUUAGUGCCAAGAGGGUUCGGUAUUCUACGUACCUUAAUUACCUUGUUUAUUUGUGUCAUUAAUUUUUUCUAAUCGCGGAUUUUAUUUCAGUAAAGUAGUUAUGUUGUUUCGAAUGAGUAUAUUUUUGAUGUUAUUUUUUUUCCAUAAAUGUAUAAUUUUUGCGAUA